AUGCGUCUCGCAUUUAUCUUCGCCGCCAUUGGUGCUGCGGGUGUCGCUAUUGCCACGGAUGACAGUGACUCGCGGUACUCAUCCUGCUGGGCUGAUCGUGGCUACCUAAGUCCAGACGCUCUUAUUGCAGGCAAUAUUCUUGCACAGAAUAAUACCUUUGAAAAAGGUACCUUUCUUGCCAAGAAGGAUUGCAUUUACCAUCGUCACCAGUCAACCAUGGUAUCUCUGUGCAAUGGUAACGCCCGUAACCGUACAGUGAACCGUGGUGAGGUCCGACGCGGUAUUGAUCAGCUUAUCAAGGACUGCAAUAUCGACGAGGCCGGCUUCAGCGGCAUCCACGUGGUUAAUAACCUGACCUUUGCUGCGUUCGGCGUCAACGGCGGCAAGAACAUCAAAGUCCCUCCGGGCGCUAACCCUCCAGAUAUUCCGGGUGGCAAGAAGCAGGCCGGGUCCGAUGGGAAGAGGUUUGUGCCGGCGCCUUUCAUCCGCAGCCGCUACAGGCCGAGGGUCCCGGAGUCGUCGACUGGAAACGCGCUGCAGGCUCGUCAGGGGAUCGACCCAUGCGCAACCAUGGGCUACGAUGGCGUUUACAAGGAAAACUGCCAUCAGAAGGAAGGUCAUACAUUGGUUGAUGGGGUCUGCCCCUCGCCCAUCUACCGUAAUGAUUGCUGGUCCUACUGCGAACAGCGCCGUGCCGGUUAUCUCGGUCUCGAGUCUGUUCCCGAGGGUCAGGCGGGCACGCAGAAUGCGCCAGACAUCAAGGCUGUCCUUGCUGAAAACACGGAAUACUCAAACAGUCACGGCUUCUCUAUCGGCGUCGAAGGGGUUUUUAAGGAAAUGUUUGGCGCUGGUGUGAAUUACGACUUUUCCACCUCUGUCACGUAUGGUAAGACGGUACAACAGGAUUCCCAGGAAAUCAACAAAAAAGAUUAUUGGCGAUGGGUAUACUUCCCCAAAUGGAUUGAGACGUGCGGUGUCGCAUCGCGCUAUGACUUUGCCCCUGGCAUCCCUAAUCCGAACGGUGGAAUGUCUACUCCAACGUGUGGCGACAAUGUCGAGGAGACCGUAGAUAAUACAUGCGCCUUCUCAGCUGAAAUUGACUCGAGCACGAAUCAACCGAUUGUAUUUUGGGCCGUCCGCUAUGAAGACAAGAACGGAAAUCCCCUUCCAAUUGACCAACAGCAUGAAAGCUAUAAAAAGCUCUGCAGUUCGGACCCCGAUGGUGAUAGUGAACAGGAGUGUGCUGUUGAGGGCGAGGAGUGA